AUGACGAUGACGUCACCGGCUUCGUCGGUAAAGCCGUUGGCCGUUCAGAUGACGUUGAAGGAGAAAGAAGUCGUGAGGGCCGUUUUGGAGUUUCUCGAGCUCCGAGGCCUCAAUAUUACCCAGGUAAAUGGAGAGAAGGUGUUUUGAACUUUUUUUUUUUGAUUGUAAAGUUCUCAGUUGGUUUUUGUAAAUUUCUGAUUUUUCGACUUCAAGAGUCAUUUUCAGCUGAAUAAGCCAUUCCAAAUGCGACGAGAAAAGCAAUUAUUUCUUAUUUUGGAAUGAUUAGGGGACCUUGGAAAAAUAGGACGGUUGAACGAUGAUUUUUUGGGAAGUUAGGCCGCACUUGGCAUUUGUGAAAUACGGCCUUCAAGAUAAGUUGGCUUUUUUUGAUUCUUUUUCAUUUUUUUACUUUGUUUCUACCACACUUUGAUUGAUAUUCAGGUUAAUUUAUAAGUUUUGUUAUAAUUUUUUUCAUUUUGAAAAAUGUUCUACAUCACAUUUUUCAACCAGUUAUUUCUGAAAAAGUUCAAAAAAACGUACUUUUGCAUUAUUUAUAUGGUAUCUCAGGACAUUGCGGUUUCCAAAUUUCAAUAAAACUUUUUUAAACCAUUUUUCCGUGAUAGUUCAUCCUUUAGCAAAUUUUUGAGUUCAAAAAAAAAAACUCGGUUUAAAAUAUUUUUUCGUAAAACUGUUUUUUAAGAGAUUUGUACAGAAAAAAAAAAGUUGAAAAGAUGGUCGCAUUUCACAAAUGCGAAAUACGGCCUAACUUUCCAAAUAAAUUACCGUCCUAAUUUUCGUAAUUGCAUUAGAAAAGCCCUUUAUAAUAUUCCUGAAUGCUGGAAAAGUCGGUCGGUUUGGAAAACUAGGCCGCGCCGCAAUUUUGCUCCAUGGAACACUUUUCUGAAUUUUUCUUCUUUCAUCAGUUUUUUCGGAAAUAAGAUACAUGCUCCUCACUUCGAACUGAACCUUUCCUUAUUUUUUUUAUCGGUUUUCUCGAUAAUUUUUUUGGAUUUAAUUUUUGUUUCUUGCCUUUUUUUGUGUAGUUUACACAUGAUCUCAUUUUUUUCAUUUUUCGAGAUUUUUCGCUCAUUUUGUUAUAUGCAGUUGUUUUGGACCCAGAAAAUUGAUCAAUUUUAAAAAAUUAAAUCAGUUCAUUUUUUUUUAAUAUAUUAAUCAUCGUAUUUUUCUCAUGAGAAGGAUAGAGUUAAAAGAAAAAAAGCGAAAACCUUCAAGAAAAUUUUAAAAAACGAAGAAAAAUUCAAAAAAAAAGUUUGAAAUUCGAAAUGCUCCAUGGAGCAAACUUGAGGCGUGGCCUAGUUUUCCAAACCGACCGACUUUUCCAGAAUGCCCUUUAAGAGAACAAAUUCUUUGCAGCCAAAAAAAAACAGUUAAAAAUAAAUUCCGAGAAGGUCGUAUUUCACAAAUGGAAGAGACGGCCUAACUUUCGUAAUAGUCACAGAGCUCCCUAUUAUAAUCUUAAAAAUUACACAAAAAAAAUGUUCCCAAUUAAAGUUAUCGCUGGAACGGGAAACCGGCGUAAUCAACGGGGAAUACUCGGACGAUCUCCUUUUUCUGCGGCAACUGAUCCUCGACGGCCAAUGGGACAACGCCUUGGACUUUGUCGAGCCGCUCAAGUCCGUCAAGGACUUCGAUUUCACCGACUUCAGGUUUUGCUCCUAAAUUUCAUUUCGAAAAAGAAAAAAUUCCGUGGAAAAUGGUGGGAAACGCCCCGCCCACUUUUUCUCCGUAAAAUGUGGUGUGUCGUGUGCAUACACUGCGCCGCUCUCGUGCAGAAAAUUUUGUUCGUCUCGAAAACCUCUGGCAUUACGGCCGCCUGCGCCUUUAAUAUACCUGUUAUUUACGCUCUCCCAUGACGUCACGUGGGAACGCCCACUUUAUUUUUGGGUUUGCAUUUCCUUCCACUAACAAAAAGGCCGUGAGAAAUGAGAAAAAAAAAUCGAAAAUUUGAGAUUUUUCUUCAAAUUAUUUUAUUCAUUGAGGAUUAAAUUUUCAUAACAAAAACUAUAGAGGCAACCAUAGGGGGCCUAGAAAGGAGCCCUCUAGGGACCACAUUCCAAACCCUAUAGGGGCCACUAAAGCUUGCAAGUUAUUUUGUUAGUGACCCCUAUGGACAUGCUGGUCGAUAAUUUUGAAGAGCUCUAUGCGAAAUACGGAAAAAUAAACCUUUUUUGAAUAAAAUUGAACGACCCCUAUAGGGACCACUCGAGCUUUAGGGGCCGAUGGGUUAGACCCUAAACCCCUAUAGGGGCCCCCUUGAUUUUACCCUUAUUGGGACCCUUUUGUCGGAUUCUAUAGGGGCUUUUUUUCCAUCUAAUCGCUAUAGGGAUCACUGAAAUUCCUAAGAGUCCUGAAUUAGCUUUUGGUAUCCUUUUUGAACGUCGUCAAGUAGAUCCUAACAAAUUUUAACAUCAUUUCGAUGCAAUAUCAGAAAGUUGAGAAGCAGGAAGCUGUUCUUCAAAAUUUUGCUGAAUAUUUCAAUGAAAAGAGCGAUUUUGUACAGCUUCUCAUUAAAUUUACACAAAUAUUUUUUUGUUUUAGGGAAAAUUAGGAUUCCCAGAGCGGUCCCUAGAGGGGUUAAGAGCGAAAAUAGUGCUAUAGGGGCCGAAAAAGUGGUCUCUAUAGGGGUUUAGGGUCUGACCCCCUUAAGCUUAAGUGGUCCCUAUAGGGAUCAAGAUUUUUUUGAACAUUUUAAUAAAAAAGGCAAUUUUGUAGACCUUCUCAAUAAAGCUUCAGAAAAUCGUUUGAUUUCCAAAAUUCCCGUGAAAAUUUUGGAAUUUCAGGUACAACAUCACCAAGUACAAGUUCUUCGAACUUCUCUGCGUCAAAUUGGAACCGGGGCCUCUACACGAUAAUGACUUUGCUGUUGAGGUGCUCCUUUAUAAUUUAAAAAAAAAGCUCAGAUUUUUCAAGAAAUUAAAAUAAUCAUCAGUUUUCUCAAAACAGUUGAAUUAUUCAAUUUAGAAGUUAAUAUAUAGAAAAAAAGAAGACUGCAUUCAAUUUAGAUGUUCCGAUCCAAAUUUUAUAAGUUUUUAAGUUUUUCUAACAACUCUGGGUUCUUAGAAACCUAGAAAAGUGAUCAAUUAUUGUCCAAAUAAGAGUAAAAAUCGAAAAAAGCCUCUACAAUAAUUUCAAAUUUUUGCUUAAAAAUUUUGCAAGGCUUUCAAUUAGCCGUCAACUUCUUGUUUUCUCUCUUUUAAAGAAACCUUUGAGAAAUGAGUUUCAGCUGGCUCGUAUAAACAAAGGUGAAUCGGGAAGCCGAUACGAGUAGCCAGAGGUGGAGAAAUGGCGCCCCUAAGCGUUUUCAAACGUUUACAUUUCUAAACCGACGUAGGCCGCCAUGGUCAUUUCUUCAUAAGUCGCUGCCUAGGGCGCCCGGGGCCAAAACCGAGAUGGCAAAAAACGCCAUUGGAAGGAAAAGAACGCGCAAAAAUUGGAAUCUUCUAAAAUCUGUAAAAUCGUUGUUUUCGAAGCUUUAGAACAAGGUUUUUUGAAUUUCCAAUUUGGUGGCAACGGAAAUAUAUUCUCUCACUAGUCAGCGGGUUCGUAACCAUACAUCUGGGACAUUUCGCCUAAGGAAAAGAACAAAUAUAACCGUAAUUCACAUAAAAAAAUUCAACUGGACAUCAUAUCCACUGAAACAUUAAAAAAAUUAUUGAAAAAAUUGCGAAAUCCACGAUUUAAUGAAAAAUGAACAAAAAUGACCAUUUUCGCCCUACUUUUGCAACGUGGUAUUAUACGCCAUCGACACACAAUGACGCGGCUCAUUUCUUCUCAGAGGCCUGAUGGCUGAGGCGGGCAUGUUGCGCCCUGGAGGGCCCCUCAUUUCUUCCACCUCUGCGAGUAGCUGUCGGAAAGCAAUUUUUGGAAAAAGUCAAGUGUGUGGAAAUCGGUGGUCGUUUUUAUGCUACCGGGUACUACUAUCUCUAUGGUACCUGGGUCGGAGGUCGAUGCAAGUAGCUACCUGACAUUCGCGAUUUCGUUCGGAAAGUCUGGAAUUGCUUCCCGGAUCGUUUCAGCUUUAUCCAAUAAAACCCCGGAAGGCUCGGGAAGGUGUAAAAAAACACUGAUGCUAAAUAAACGACCGAUGUGCCACACAGUAGCAAUCGCGAAUUUCAGGUACCUACCCGGUAGCAUCCAAAUACCGAUCAGGUACUAUCCAGGUACCAUAGAGAUUGUACCCGGUCGCAUACAAAUGACCACCGAUUACCAUUCGCCGAUUGACUCGAGUUGCUACCCGGUACCUACUUGUAUCCACCUCCCGAUUCAUCAGUGAAUAAAUUAUUACUCUGUCUUUUCGUUAAAUGCAAGAUCUUUUCUGACCUAUCUGCGCCCUCUUUUCUCUCACUACAAGAUUUUUGAGCUGCAGAAAAUGCCCAAAAUGGAUAAAUUGAAACAAUUCUCCCGGUAAAUCUGAUCAUGGGCACACAAAAAAAAAUAUUUUUUUUUGAAAAUUUGAAAAAGAAUUUCUUUUAACUCACAUAGGAUUUUUUAAAGUACCUACAGAACAUGUUUCUCCUUAAAAAUUUUUGAAAUGAACUUUUCAAGUGUAAAAACAAACCUCUGAGAAAUAAGUUUCAGCUGGCUCGUAUAAAUACAUCAUUACUCUCUCUUUUCGUUAUACUCGAGGAAUUUUCUAACCUGUCUGCGCUCUCUUUUUCUCUCACUGGGAUAUUUUUUUGAGUUCUCAGUUUAUCCCUUUUUGUGUAGUAUUCCAUCUCACUUGGAGAAAAAAAUUGGUCAAAAUGUGCAGAAAAAUGCCCAAAAAAAUGGACUAAUUGAAACAACUCUCCCGGUCAUGGGUACACGAGAAAAAAAUACUUUUCGAAAAAAAUGUUUUUUUCGAUUCAUACAGGAUUUUUUUCAGAGGCGCAGAAAAAAAUUAGGACUUUUUUUAUUUUGCAUCGAAAAUUUUGACAAAAAAGGUCAUUUUAACUAGAAUGAGCUUUUUUUCUCUCACCGGGAUGUUUUUCGAAGUCUUAGAUCUAAUUAAUUUUUUGGUAGUCCAUAUCAAUCGAACAAAAAAAAAUUGUAUUGAAAUGCGCAGAAAAUGCUCAAAAAUAGAUAAAUUGAAACAACUAUCCCGGUAAAUCUGAUCAUGGGUACACGAGAAAAAAUAUUUUUUUAUCAAAACAUGCAGAAAAUGCCAAAAAAAUUGAUAAUUUGAAACAAAUAUCCCGGAAAAACUGACAAUGAGUACACGAGAAAAAAAAUUUUUUCCUAAAAGUCUGAAAAAAAAUUCCUUUCAACUCAUAUAGGAUUUUUUAGAGUACCUUCAGAACAUUUUUCUCCUUAAAAAUUUUUGGAAUGAACUUUUUCAAGUGUAAAAACAAACCUCUGAGAAAUAAGUUUCAGCUGGCUCGUAUAAAUACAUCAUUACUCUGUCUUUUCGUUAUACUCGAGGAAUUUUCUAACCUGUCUGCGCUCUCUUUUCUCUCACUGGGAUAUUUUUGAGUUCUCAGUUUAUCCCUUUUUGUGUAGUAUUCCAUCUCACUUGGAGAAAAAUUGGUCAAAAUGUGCAGAAAAUGCCCAAAAAUGGACUAAUUGAAACAACUCUCGCGGUCAUGGGUACACGAGAAAAAAUACUUUUCGAAAAAAAAAAAUGUUUUUUCGAUUCAUACAGGAUUUUUCAGAGGCGCAGAAAAAUUAGGACUUUUUAUUUUGCAUCGAAAAUUUUGACAAAAAAGGUCAUUUUAACUAGAAUGAGCUUUUUUUUUCUCUCACCGGGAUGUUUUUCGAAGUCUUAGAUCUAAUUAAUUUUUUGGUAGUCCAUAUCAAUCGAACAAAAAUUGUAUUGAAAUGCGCAGAAAAAUGCUCAAAAAAAUAGAUAAAUUGAAACAACUAUCCCGGUAAAUCUGAUCAUGGGUACACGAGAAAAAAAUAUUUUUUUUAUCAAAACAUGCAGAAAAAUGCCAAAAAAAUUGAUAAUUUGAAACAAAUAUCCCGGAAAAAAACUGACAAUGAGUACACGAGAAAAAAUUUUUUUCCUAAAAGUCUGAAAAAAAUUCCUUUCAACUCAUAUAGGAUUUUUUUAGAGUACCUUCAGAACAUUUUUUUCUCCUUAAAAAAAUUUUUUUGGAAUGAACUUUUUUUCAAGUGUAAAAAAACAAACCUCUGAGAAAUAAGUUUCAGCUGGCUCGUAUAAAUACAUCAUUACUCUCUCUUUUCGUUAUACUCGAGGAAUUUUCUAACCUGUCUGUGCUCUUUUUUCUCUCACUGCAAGAUUUUUCAGUUCUCAGUUUAUCCCUUUUAUGUUGUAUUCCAUCCCACUUGGAGGAAAAUUGAGAAGUUUGUCAAGAUUUGCAGAAAAUGCCCAAAAAUGGAUAAAUUGAAACAAACAUCCCGGAAAAGCCUUUUUUGAGACUUUUUGCCCACCAAGAAUAAAAGGCUCAAUAAAGGCCGCAAAACGGAACCCUUUUAGCGGCCAUUUUGCACCUGUUUUCCGCGCUUCCGACUUUGAGAGCUAAUUGAGAAGUUCUAGGAGCUGGUGGAAUGCCUCAAGGACUUGGAGCACAUUUGCCCGACCCCCGAAGACUACCGACAACUUUGCGCCCUUCUCACCCUUCCCAAAUUGUCGGACCACGCCGAUUUCAAGAACUGGAACCCGAGUUCGGCAAGGGUCGAAUGCUUCCACAAGGUUGUUCAUCUACAGGUUCUAUAUCGACAAAAAUUUGAAGAAAUUGGGGAAAAUGAGAAAAAAAAAUUUUGGCACUGCAUUCUUAGGAACUCCAGAGUGGUCCCUAUGGGUGCAACUUUGUGAACUUCGGAGGUUCCCCUCUAGAGACCACUUUAUCAACCCCUAUAGGGGCCACUGAAGCUUGCAAAAGUGACCCCUAUAGGGGACAUGCUAAUCGAUAAUGUUUUUGUACUUUCUUCGAAGAAACGUUUCCAUGCGAAAAAUUGAAUAAAUAAACUUUUUUUUAACAAAGUUGAAAGAUCCCUAUAGGAACCACUUAAACUUAGGGGGCUAAGAGGUCCGAAAAACAGGUCCCUGUUUCUCAACUUUCUCAUAUUUUAUCAAAAUAAUUUUGAAGUUCAAUUAAUUUUGAGAAUGGAGUAUAAUUUAGAAAAAAGGAUUUCAAAAGAUUUUCCAAUGAGAAUUAUUGGAAAAUCUUUUGAACCACCUAAAUUUCAGCCCUAGAAUUUCUGCUCUUCCAUAGCCCCUAUAGGGGCCACUCAGGCGUUCCCAAGCUGGUUGCAAAAAGUUUUUGAGUGUUCUUGUGGUUAAAAUAUAUAGAGUUUGAAAAAAAGUUUUGUUUUUUUCAUUUUUUUUUUUUUUUCCCGCUUCAUAAUCGCCCUCAGCAUUUUUUUUAAACCUUUAAUUUGAAAAUUGGGUUUUUUUGGAUACCUCGAUUUUUUCGAAGCGCACCCUUUUUUUCAGAAAUUUUGAUCAAAAUUCAUUUUUUCCUGGUUUUAUAACCCUCGAUAAACUGAAUUUCAAGGUCAACGCGAUAGUCGGCCAUCUGCUGCCGCCAACUCCCAAAGAAAGAGACCGACCUCAGGAAAGUCACUCGAUGGGAGAUCGACUCGUCGGUCUCCUGGCCAAGGGGGUCUUCUACGAAGGCUGCGUCGACUACUGUCAGGCUCAGGCCAUCGGCGACGUCCGAGGUAACACUAGAGGGUUGAAGGAAAUAAUUUUGAGUGUUUCGGGUUACUGUAUUUGUCAGAGCCCGUGAUGAUGCGCUCUCGUGUAUGCGUACUGUUUACGCUUUCUACAAGCCUGGAAGAAAUUCUAGUGGGUACUUAAGAAGUUGCACAAGGGCUACUUGGAGAGGACACUUAAGGGGGCACUAAACCACUUCUAUAGAAACUUCUAUUCUGCGUCUGAGUGGCUACUAAAGUGAUUUUAGUGAUCUAAUAGCUCCCCUUAGACUUCUAAAGAAGCCACUAAAUUUUAACUCCUAAAGUGGCCACUAAUUCGACAACUAUAGUGACCACUAAAGGGGGACUACUAUAGUGACCACUAAAUCGUCAAAACCCUGAAGUGGCCAUUAGAAAUGUUCCCAGAAAGGACCAGAAGAGGUUCACAGAAUAAGUAAGCAGUAUGCAUACACACGCACACGCAAUAUUGCAGACUUUGCUAGGUACAGUAAUUCGAAAAUUCGAAAAUUUCUUUCUCCCGCCAUCAGUAUAAAAAAUAUCAGAAAUAACUGGAAAAAUGACAGGAAUCGAGUUGGGCCCAUGCCCGACUUCCCUGCUCUCACAUCGGCCCAAGCUUUCUGCAACCGACCUCUCCCUGGUUUCCUGGAUGGAAGUCGUGACCAAGGAACAAUUUGCCACGCCUUUCAAACAGAAACAGCUCGAUUUGAGGGUCGAGCAUAUCAAGUGAUUAUUUAAUAUUAUAUUAAGGAAACGGUAAAGUUAGGUAAAAAUCCGAAGGAUUUUUUUCCUUAACAGUAAAUUCAUAAAUUAAGGUUUUUAGAAAUUUUCGGGAAUUUUUUUGGGGUUUUUGGAAAAAGUAUUUUUUUUAUAAUGGUGAAUGGGCUUUCGAAAAAAAUGCGGCUAAUUAAUUUUUAUGGAAAAAAAUUUAUCUAAAGGCCAAAAAAAGGCUUGAAAAAAAUUGAGAAAAAUAAAGCAUACAAAAAAAUUUCUAACAUUUUUUUAAAUUUUAAAAAAAUGGACUUGGAGACUUUUUGGACUUUUUGCUUUUUCAUCAAUGACCCUAUAAAUUUUUUUGAACUGGUAAAAUUUGGAAUUUUGAUUUUUUCUGAAGAGAUAGAGCUCAAAAUAUUGAUUUUAUAUGACUAAAAUGUACCCGAAAAGAGAAAAAUCGCAUGAAAAUGGAUAAGAAUCAGUUGAUACUCGUUAAAAUGCUUUGAACGAUUCAAAAAAAAUCCGAGUAGAAAUUUGAAUUCAGAAAACCGAAAUUGGAAGCUCAAUGGACGGAAACCAUUAUGGCGACGCCGAUAAAACCUGGCGGCCAAUUUCCUCACAACAUGGUGAUAAUCCUUCAAGUUUAAAUAAGUUUUCUGUUUCAUCCAGGUCCCGAAAACCAAGAUGAAGUUCGCGGAGAAAAUGAGCCAAUCGAUGACGAUGAGUAUGCUUCCAGCGAUCGGGAUGGCUACCAGUGAGUUAUUUUUAAUUUGAACCUUUUUUGGCCCAAAUAUGGUAGAUUUUGAGUUGACUGAAAACAACAAAAAAAUACACAUUUCAAGGUACGUUCCCCCUGGUGUCCCGAGCGCAGCCCAUGUCCCAAUCGACCGCCGCCGGCUUCUGCUUGGGCAUCGGAGACGCCGACGGCGCCGAGACAAUGGCGCAGAGUAUGCUCAUCGACGAGAUGUUGGAGAACAGCGCGUUGGCCAAAAGCAGUCGGCCCGACUCGCUCCGCCUCCCCGCGCCCAACUCCCAACUUCCCAAUCUUCAAAUGAGCGUGUUCGUUUGCAGUAUUACCGUGAAAAGGCAGAAAAAGACGUUUUAAACAAAUUAUAAUUGAUAAAAUGUACAGAAGAAAAGAAGUUUGGAAAGAAGCUUUUCAAUAGAUUUUUAACGGUUUUGCUUGGAAGGGCACAAAAAUAGCUAUUUUGGGAUCACAUGAAGUUCGAAAUUCGUAUGAAGUUGUUAAAAAAACUCAUGAUUUUUUUGAUUUUUUUGCAGUUCCUUUGUCCUGAAACCUUGAUUUUGAUAGAAUCAAUCGAUAUUGACAAAAUAUGUAGCUUUUGUUAUACACGGUGUUUUUGUUAGUGGAAGAAAAGGCGGAACCAAAAACAGGGUGGGCGGAGUCAAAAUAUCCACCGUUCCCAAAUGACGUCAGGAGAACGGCAGAGAUUUCGGCUCUAAGAGCGUAAAUAAAAGGGAAUAUUAAAGGCGCAGGCCGCCGUAUUGUCAGAAGUUUUUGAGACGAAUCGAAAUUUAUCUUCUUAAACGCAAUUUUCUGCGCGAAAGCGGCGCAGUGCAUGCACGCGAAACACGACGCUUUACGGAGAAAAAGUGGGCGUGGCGUCGUCAAAAAAAAACGCCGUGUAUAAUCAUCCAUUUUUGCACCUAAACUUUUGAAAACUGAUUAUUUUUCGUUUCCCUUAAAGAUCCGACCAAUAAUAGGAAGAAAUGAAUAGAACUCAAUAAAAGGCCCACCAAAAAAAAAUAAAAAAGAAGAUUUCAGAUCGGUAGCUCCCCAAAUAAUGGGUCCCGCCUCGACAAUGGCUCAAAGUAUGGUGAACUACGAUUUCGCUCCAGUGAGAAGGCAACUCGACGAGAUGACGCGCAGGUUUUCAAUCAAUACUUGUAAAAUAAAAAAUAUAUGAUCCGCGCGUCACACAGCAGAAAAAAGGCUACCGUAAGCUUUUUUUGCGCUUUCGCUUCGAUACCCUUCAAAAAAAAAAAAUGGCGAAAAAGCUGUCUGAAAACAACAAAUGAUUAGGUUAUACAGCGCGUCACGCUUUUAAAGCACAGGAAAAAACUUCUACCGUUACCGCAGCUUUUUUCGCGCUUUCGCCUCGAGACCCUCGAUAGAAACUAAAGAAAUGGCUGGGAAAAUAAUCGAACUUUAUUCCGCGCGUCAAGCUUUCCAAACCAAGAAAAAAAUAUCUACCGUAACCAGAAAUUUUUUAUGCGCUUCCGCUUCGAGACCCUUCAAAAUAAAGGGCAAAAAAGCUAUCUAAAAACAACGAAUAAAUUAUACAGCACAUCACAAUUUAAAAACACAGCCGACAAAAUUUCUACCGUAACAAGAGCUUCUUUCGCUUCGAGACCCUUCGAAAAAAAAAGCAAAAAAAGCAAUCUAAAAAAGACAAUUAGAGAAUUUAUUCAGCGCGUCACGCUUUUAAAUCACAGAAAAAAAUACUUCUACCGUAGCUAUAGCUUUUUUCGUGCUGUCGCCUCGAGACCUUUGAAAAAAAAACUAUGGAAAAGGCUGGAAAAAAAAACUAUGGAAAAGGCUGGGAAAAAAAAGAAAACCAAAUUGUAUUCCGCGCGUCACGCUUUUAAAGUGUAGAAAAAAUUCUUCUACCGUAACCAGAGCCUUUUUCUCGUUUUCGCUUCGAGACCCUCGAAAAAACGCUGCAAGAAAAAGGCAAUCAAAUAAUGGAUCAUUUUUAUUAUCUUAUUGUUGUUUCAUUAUUGUUAAUGUAUAUUUAUACUUUUAAAACACUGAGAAAAAAUUCUACCGUAACCACAGCUUCUUUCUGCGUUUUCGCUUCGAGACUCCAAUAAAAACUGCAGAAAAAGGCCGCAAAAAACUGUCUUAACUGAAAAAAACUUAAAAAAAGGUCUUUUAUUUGAGAAGAAAACUCGACAAUCUGCUUGGAAUAUAAUAUUUAUGGAACUUUUCAGGUCUCUACCCCCUAUGGGAUCCUCCUCAGUUGGUCCAACCCAAAGGGUUCCUUCCCUGGCGCCGGUCCCAGAAGCGACGACACCGGGAGAGAAACAUGAAGAGAAUCUGAUGACCCAGAGCGUCCUUUUCCAGCAAUUCGCCACUAAACAGAACUAUGGUAGUUCGUGGGAGAAAUAGCGUGGAAAAUGAAGAGUUUCAGGCGAUAACCAGCUGCAUCGGAGACAGAAUACCGUAUACCCACAAGAUCAUCGGGUCAUGCAGCCGAUGUUCCAGAAUGGACAGGUAUAGUCGAUUCACGGCGAGCUUGGGACUCUAGGGGGCGUGGCCUGUCUGUGCUGUCCCUUUUUUUCGUGUCAGGACCUUUUUUCAUUGGAUCAAGCUAGUUUGCGGAUUUGAAAAGCGAUAGUCCACAGUCUACAGUAAGAAAAUGCUCGCGAUACCAUUUUUGGCGCGAAAUUCGAAUUUUCGCUCAGGUUUUUCACUCAAUUUUCAAGAAUUUUCCACGCAACACAGCAAAAAUAGUCUACCGUAACCACAGCCUUUUUUUCGCUUUCGCUUCGAGACGCUCAAAAAAGCAAAAAAGUUUUCCAGCUCCCGCUCGCCCAAGCACCUCUACAACCUCAGUUCCAACCUCCAGCCCAACACUCCCAAAUCCCGGUCUCAAGCGGCCGACCCCACUCGAUGAUGACGUCACCGAUGCCGCACACGAUGCUGCCGCAAGCCAUUCCCCCGUCUACAGUAACCCGUCCAGUCUCCAUGCCCAACCGGCCGACAGGAAUGCCCAUCCAGUUCGUUCCCGUCUGCAGGUACCUUUUUUUCAGUUUUAGGAGUUUCGAAAUUUUUUUAAAAAAAUCGUUUCGGUUCAUUAUAAGGGAAAGGGGGAAUUCUAAGGCCGUAUAUGAACGCUUACGCAGCGUAAAUGAGUGUCAUGUUCCUAUGACCUGGUCGGUGAGAGGUAAGAGAGCCCAGAUAGGUUAGAGUGUUGAAGAAUGAAGUGAAUUUGUAAUUUUUCAUGUCAUCUUUCUCAACUUCAAGGUUUGAAUGAUCUGCAGUCUGCAGUUUAUGUGAUAUUUUCAAGUCUCUAAGAUCUAACAGGUAAGAGAAAAUAGAGCGCAGACAGGUCAGACUGUUGUAGAAUUAAGUGAACCUUCUAAAAUAUCAGGUUCCUUUACUUAAAAGUGCGAAGACUCCGAUGUUUAUGGGCUAUUUUUAUGUUCCUAUCUCAUGUCGAUGAGAGAAAAUAGAGGCCAGACAGGUCAGACUGCUGAAGAAUGAAUGAACCUUCUAGGAUAUCACCUCUUCUUAUUAAAGGUACGAAGACGCUCAGGCGAUUCGGGCCGCCUCGUUCCAUCCUUCUGGGAAAUACUUCGCCUUGGGAACAAACUCCAAACAACUUCAUAUUUGUCGGUACCCCGAUCUGAGGACGAUAAGGUAUUCGAAAUCAUUUCGCGACAUCGCAAAGUCCUUUUCAGGCCAAAUGAAGGAACGCGAAACGUCGAAAUCUUCCUAUCACGACCGAAACAACACAGGGGGUAUGUUUUGAAGGCUUUUCCCUUUUUUUGGACGAAUAUUCAUUACAUUUUAUUAUUUUUUUCUAUUUCGUGCUGCAAUCGGAAGCGCCCCAGACUUUUUUGAGAUUCUGUAAAUUCUGACGCCCCUAAAGUGGUCCCUUGAAGUGCUGACGCCCCUAAAAAGGUCCCUAGAAAUUCUGGCGCCCCUAAUGUGGUCCCUCGAAGUGCUGACGCCUCUUAUGUGGUCCCUAGAAGUGUUGACGCCCCUGAAGUGGUCCCUAUAGGUGCCAACGCCCCUAAAGCGGUCCCUAGAAAUGCUGACGCCUCAAAAGUCGCCCCUAGAAGUGCGGACGCCCCUAAAGUGGUCCCUAGAAGUUCUGAGGCCCCUACAGUGGUCCCUAGAAGUGUUGACGUCCCUAAAUGGUCCCUUGAAGUGCUAACGCCCCUAAAGCGGUCCCUAUAGGUGCUAACGCCCCUAAAGCGGUCCCUAGAAAUGCUGACGCCCCAAAAGUGGCCCCUAGAAGUUCUGAGGCCCCUAAAGUGGCCCCCAGAAGUGCUGACGUCCCUAAAGUGGUCCCCAGAAGCGCUGACGCCCCUAAAAUGGUCCCCAGAAGUGCUGACGUCCCUAAAGUGGUCCCCAGAAGUGCUGACGUCCCUAAAGUGGUCCCCAGAAGUGCUGACGUCCCUAAAGUGGUCCCCAGAAGUACUGACGUCCCUAAAGUGGUCCCUAGAAGUGCUGACGCCCCCAAAAUGGCCCCUAGAUGUGCUGACGUCUCUAAAGUGGCCUCUAGGGGUGCUGACGUCUCUAAAGUGGCCCCUAGGGGUGCUGACGCCCCUAAAAAGGCCCCUAGAAGUGCUGACGACCCUAAAGAGGUCCCUGAACGUACUGACGCCCCUAAAGCGGUCCCUAGGAAUGCUGCGAACCGUUCAAAAUGGUCAAAUCAUUCCUCAUUUUCCCGCUUCAAGCUUGAUACGAAAAAGCUGUCAGAAUACGAUUAAUUUGGUUUUCGAAUAAUCGAAUUGGUCGCACGGAGAAUGACUCAAAGAUUGGUGCAUCCGACCACAAAACGACGUGCGCUCGUUGGCCACUUUUUGAGCCCUUCUUUUUGCGGCUAGAAGUCUCUGAGGCCUAUGAUGGGAUAUUUUCUUGAAAUUAGUGCACUUUUUGACAUUUUUAAUAUACAUAUAAAAAAUUUCCAUGGAUUUGGGUUUUUUUUUUCAAAUUGAGAUUUAAGAUCGGUAUAUUGCCUUGGUUUCAACCAAACUGGAGAAUUACUUGCCACCGGAUCCAAUGACAAAUCGCUGAGGUUGAUGGCUUUCAAUGGAGAAGCUUGUCGGAUUGGUAAGUUUUGGAUCUGGCUAUAGCUUUCGAGUGUCUGCGUCUCUCUGUUCCCUCACCGGCGAGGCCAGAGAAACAUAGAAAUAGUACGUCAAAAUGAGAGGGUCACCGAGAGACGAGGAGGGCGCAGAGAAGUCGCAUGAACCUUUUUUGAAAACCUUCCUGAAAAAAAACACUAUUCAAGGCGCCGAGAUGGAGCUGAGCUGCCACGACGGCACGAUCCGUGACGUCAUCUUCAUGGAAGAUUCGGUCAACCGGACGUCGUUCCUCAUCAGCGGAGGAGCCGGAAAUUGCCUUCUGAAUGUGACGGACUGCGCCUCCGGAAAGCUGGUCCAGGCCUUCAGAGGUCAUUCUGGUGGGUCUUUUUUAGGGAACCACAAGAAAAAUCGGUAUUUUUUCCCAUCAUUUGUCUGCAUCUUUCAUCUAAUGUUUACUUUCUUGUUGUUAAUGGAUGUGGAUGAACUAUUUUUAAAGAUCAUUAAUAUCGAUAUAUUGAUUGAUUUAUUGACUGAUAGAGCAAGAGAUCUUUAAUUACCUUUCUAUAUUUAACUUCCUUAUCGGAUUUUCACAGGUUUUGCUGCCUUGUUUUUCGAAUUUUAUUCAAUAUUUGACUUUUCUUUCAGAAUUCGUAGAAAUUAAAUUUUAGUUUAAAUGUCCUGGAAACUGACCAAAGUUUUUUUGUCGCGCUUUUGAAAUUUUGAGAAAAAAAUCCGCCGCUUCUGAAGCAUAUAAAAUUAUUUCUGAGCUUCCAGUUUCAUAGGAAAAAAAGAAACUUUUUCAAGUUUGAAAAAUUCGAGGCGGGGGGUGUUGGUUUUAAGAUUAAAGAAGGCUAAUUUAUAAGUUUUUUUGAUUUGAUCUUUUUACAUCAAUUUUUUUGAAAAAAACCUGGAAUUUAUUCUUUCACUCAUUCAUUUGUGUUUUUGCGACAAGAAAAACUCAAACCUUUAUUAAAAAAAGGAGUCGAUUUUUCCCCCGGUAAUACAAGACCAAGUUCAAAAAAAUUACUUCUAGAGAUGAGGCUUUUUUUAUUUGAAAAAUCUCUAUUCAUUUUAAAAUGCUCCAAAUCUUUUUCAAAGCUUUAAGAAUUCCAUCAUUUUCAGCCCCGAUCCUUGGAUUAUACACUUGGGGCGGUGUUUCUACUCAAUUCGCCUCUUGUUCUCAAGACAAAACCAUCCGAUUUUGGGACAUUCGAUCGCCUCAGGCCAUCAACGUCAUUUCUCCGACGAAUAAUCGAGCUCACAGUGAGUUUUUAAUUUUAUUUUCGUUUUAUUUCCUGUCUCAGCCAUCUUUUAAUUUAAUUUUUUUGUUCUUGAUCAUUUUUCUUGACCAGAAGUCUUACUUUCCAUUUUUUUUUAAAUCAAUUUCGCACAAACUUGAAAUGAAUCAACGCAAAAAGUGUUCAAAAAGAGUUUUUCAUUUUUCCCGUACCUUUAAAAAGUUUUUUUUCCUAUCUUCAAAGCGCGCUGUUUUACACAACAUGCCAAGGGGCAUAUGAGCGCCUCCCCUGCAGCCCUCUCUCACCGUCCGUUGUGGUCUAGUGGUUAGGAUUUACGGCUCUCACCCGUAAGGCCCGGGUUCGAUUCCCGGCAACGGAAGAUUCCUUUUUGCCAUGUUUAUUCAGUUUGUUUUUCUCGUUCAGGUGCACCAGUGACGUCAGUUUGUGUCGAUCCGUCGGGGAAAUUACUCGUUUCUGGUCAUGAAGACGCCUCCGUGGCGUUGUACGACAUCCAAGGCGGCAGAGUCCUUCAGACUUAUAGGUUCAUUUUGAAGUUUAUUGUUUCGAACUUUCUUGAGCGAAAUUUCAAAUAUUCCUUAAGUUUGAACUAUCUAUUUGUGAAUUUUUGAAUUUCAGACCUCAUGGCGAUGAAGUUCGAACAGUGAGAUUCAGCAACGCCGCUUAUUACCUCCUAACAGCGAGUUAUGAUAAAAGGUUUUCUUUCACGACGAAAAUUGGCCGCAAUGGGAAUGGUUCACUGUGUUACGGUUUCAGAGCACUUUCAAAACCGCCCACGCUGUUCCAAGUCUAUUUUAACGGAGUUUUAAUUUUAUGAAACAAAAAAAGAUCUGCUAGAUUGCGUUUUUUUACUUAGAAUUUUUUUGAAAAAUUUCGUUUUCCAAUUUUCUAUUUUCAUAGUAAAAACCGAUCGAAACGUUAUUUUUCUAUUCAGUAUAAUUUGAAACUUUAAUUUUUUUGAGUUUUGAUGAUUUAGAAUCACUAAAAGUCAUAGGAUCACCCAUUUUUGUUUUUCUGGGUUACGGUAAUCAAAAAAGUUGCAGAGUUGUGAUCACGGACAUGCGCGGAGACUUGAUGGCGCCCCUGAUGUACUUGCCGGUCGCUGAACAUUCCGACAAGGUCAUUCAGUGCAGGUAG